AUGGCAGAUCUCAAGUUGAAAAUCAAUGCAAGAAGAUUCUCUUCCCCAUAUCGAAGCAUAAACAAUGACUAGAAUAUUCAACUCCUCCUUCAUAAUGCACAUCGUUCAUGCAACAGAAAAAAUUCCAAUAAACCAUCUAGUCAUUCCAAAUAACAUGAUUAUUCCUAGGACAAAAUCAAAAAUUAAUACUAACUCUAAUGCAUAAUUGGAGUAGGAGGAUUUGGAAGAGUGUGGAAAGUCAUACACAAAUAACAAGUCUUUGCAAUGAAAGAGAUCAAUAAAGCAUUAGUCCUCUUAAAAUAAAGUGUUCCUAGCAUUAUGACAGAAUUAAAAUUUUUAACAGAAUUGCAACAUCCUUUCAUUGUCAAUGCAUAUUCAGCCUUUUAAGAUACUCAAAAUCUCUAUCUUGUUCUAGAUUAUUUGAGUGGAGGAGAUUUAAGAUUUCAUUUAGGAAAACAAAGGAAAUUUUCAGAAGAAUAAACUAGUAUUAUAAAAUAAAUUAAAUAGAGUUUUUUGUGGCAUGCAUUAUAAUUGCUUUGGAAUAUCUCCAUAGUUAAAAAAUAAUCCAUAGAGAUAUAAAACCAGAGAAUCUUAUAUUUGACAGUCAUGGUUAUCUACGUAUUACUGAUCUAGGAGUGGCAAUUAAGAAGCAUGUACAAUUUCCUCAAAACUUUGAAACAAGUGGAACUCCUGGUUAUAUGUCUCCAGAAGUUCUCUUUCGUUAAGAUCAUGGUAUUCCUGCUGAUUAUUUUGCACUUGGUGUUAUAUGUUAUGAGUGUAUGACAGGUAGACGUCCUUAUCAUGGUUCUAGAAAAGACAUUAGAGAAUAAAUGCUUCUUAAAUAAGUUUAAAUAAAUACAUCAGAAUGGUCUCAUGAAGCUAAUGAUUUUAUUAAUUAGCUUCUAUUGAUUAAACCAUAACUUAGAAUGACACAACCUAGGAAACAUCCUUGGUUCAAAAAUUAUCCUUUUGAAUUGUUGGCUUCAAAAAAACUUAAAGCUCCUUUUUUACCAAUUCGUAAAGACAAUUUUGAUAAAGCAUAAAUUCUUAUUGAAGAUGAAGAGAAUCAUUAAAUAAUUAAACUGAAUCAACAUUUGAUAAAAGAUAAUCAACAUUUAUUUGAAGAUUAUAGAUGUUAAUUAAAUGAGAAGUCCAGAAGAAGUAGCAUUACAAAUAAGAUGUUUUAAUUAUUUUGA